GUGUUUCGGUGUUCCAAGCCGGUUCCGCGCGGGGGCGCGCGCGCGGGCACGGGAUCGCUCUCCGGGGGGCAGUUGGCGGCGGGAGCGGGCGCCGGGGUCCUGGUUCGUAGAGCAGCCGGCUGCUAGGCCGACGCCUCCGUUGGCGGAGACCCGCACGAAGGACCGCGUGGCUCAGCCGCCGCAGAGGCGGGGUCCGCUGCCGUCGGACAGAGCCUCUGGGCUCCCAUAGUCUGGCCUGGGAGGAAGAGGAAGAAGAGGAAGAGAGACCCAUCUACCAGAGGGUUGAAGGUGGCCUGAGGGCCAGGUUCUCAGACCCAGGAUGCCCCUACCUGAGCCCAAUGAGCAGGAGGGUGAGCGUGUAAAAGCUGGCCAAGAGCCAUCUCUUGGAGCCAAGAAGCCCCAAGAGUCCUCCAAUCUGGUCCUGGCUGGGGAUAAAGAGGGAUCCAAAUCGACAGGCCCUGCCACUGUAUCCAGCAGCACCCCCCAGACCUUGCCGGCCAAGAAGCAGGGGCGGAUAAUUCACCGGAAACGUAGCAGAGUAGAUGCAGUUGCCCCCCAGCCCCUGGAGUUCCUGAAGACCCCAUAUGGGGGGCGCCUUCUAGUCCACAAGUCAUUCCUGUACAAGCAAGAGAAGGCUGUGGGGGACAAGGUGUACUGGAAAUGCCGCCGGCACUCAGACCUGGGCUGCCGGGGACGGGCCAUCACCCGUGGCUUUCGAGUCACAGUGAUGCGGGACCACUGUCACCCACCUGAUAAGGAGGGCCUGAAGAUGCGGCGCCGGAAGGAGAAGGUGCCCUGCUCAGGCCUGCCUGAAGGCUCUGAAGACCAAGAAGAAGGGGUGAGCCUGUGGCUGUACCCUGUGGAGCCAGAGCCCACCCCUCAGCAAAGCAUUGAAGAGCCAGAGGAGGACCAGGGGUACCGAUCCCUGGCACUACAGAGCUUGCCUCCCAAGAAGCGCCCUACACCAGGAGUGGUGCGGUAUCAGCCCCUUGAGUUCCUGAAGACAUGCUAUGGAGGCACUUUCCUGGUACACCAGUCCUUCCUCUACAAGCGCGAGAAGACGGUGGGGAGCAAGGUGUACUGGACCUGCCGGGAGCACGCAGUCAAUGGCUGCCGGAGCCGCGCCAUCACCCAGGGCCAGCGAGUGACGGUUAUGCGCAGCCACUGCCACCCACCUGACAUGGAAGGCCUGCGGGCCCGGCGACAGCAGGAGAAGACCAUAAAGAAGAUACAGGCAAGGCGGAUUGGCGCCGGGGACUUGGAGGAUUGUGAUGACAUCGAGGACACGCUGCUCCAAGGGGUGGACAGCUUGUUCUACCGCAGGGGGCAGGGCACACUGACUCUCAGUAGGUCCAGGUCCAGAAAGCGAGCAAGGGAGCGCCAAGAGUCCUUGCAGGAGUCUCCCGAGGAGGAGGACCAGAGUGUGGACCCCAGAGGCCCAGAGUUCCUGAGGACCCCUCUAGGGGGCAACUUCCUAGUGUAUGAGUCCUUCCUCUAUCGGAGGGAGAAAGCCGCUGGUGAGAAGGUGUACUGGACUUGCCGGGACCAGGCAAGGAUGGGCUGUCGCAGCCGAGCCAUCACCCAGGGCCGGCAGGUGACUGUGAUGCGAAGCCACUGUCAUCCACCUGACCUGUUAGGAUUGGAGACUCUGAGGCAGCGGGAGAAACGCCCCGGCCACUCUCAGUGGGAUGGCCCAGAAGGGCCUGAGUUCCUGAAGACCCCUCUGGGGGGCAGCUUCCUGGUGUAUGAGUCCUUCCUCUUCAGGCGGGAGAAAGCAACUGGCGAUAAGGUGUACUGGACCUGCCGGGACCAGGCACGGAUGGGCUGUCGCAGCCGAGCCAUCACCCAGGGCCAGCGGGUGAUGGUCAUGCGCAGACACUGCCACCCUCCUGACAUGGGGGGCCUGGAAGCCCUGCGGGAGCGGGAGAACUUCCCUAACCUGAGCAGCUGGAACGGCCCAGAGCCUCGGAAGCCACUGGAGUUCCUGCGGACGUCCCUAGGAGGCCGGUUCCUGGUCUAUGAGUCCUUCCUGUACAGGAAGGAGAAAGCCGCUGGUGAGAAGGUGUACUGGAUGUGCCGGGACCAGGCUCGGCUGGGCUGCCGCAGCCGCGCCAUCACCCAGGGCCGGCGGAUCGUGGUGAUGCGGAGCCACUGCCACCCACCUGACAUGGAUGGUCUGGAGGCCCUGCGGGAGCGGGAGAAGGAGCUGUUCCCCAGGGUGGCCAUGCAGACCAGGGCAGCCAAGAAAGCCAGUGCAGCCAAGAAAGCCAAUGCAGCCAUGCAGACCAGUGCAGCCAAGAAGACCAGUGCAGCCAAGAAAGCCAGUGAAGCCAAGAAAGCCAGUGAAGCCAAGAAAGCCAGUGAAGCCAAGAAGACCAGUACAGCCAAG